AUGGGUCCUGUAUUGGAGAAAUAGGUUCGUCCCAAAUCUUAGUGCAAAGCUGCUAAACGUCGCAUCUCUCUCUAUUUCUCUCUCACUGGAUCGACUCCAUGCCAAUAUCAAUAUCAAUAUCAAUAUCAAAUGUACAAGUUCAUUUGCUAUAGACUUGCUACAAUUCAGUGGUCAUCAUCUGGUCUUUCAUGCUGUAUUUGUUGGAGAGAUGAGCAAGGAGAGGCAACCUGAACCCCUGGAUUUCUUUAUUUGGACAGUUGAGGAUGUUGGGUUGUGGUUAGAAGAGAUAAAGUUGGGCAGCUAUGGUGAAAUAUUCAGAGAAAUGGGUGUAAAUGGAGAAUACUUGGAAGGCAUGUCAAUGUUAACAACAGAACAGAUACUUCGCUUUAUAAGGCGAUGCCACAUGAAAUGGGGGGAUUUCAUAACCCUCUGCAAAGAACUCAGGCGAAUUAAAGUUGCUUGCCUGAAAGGUGAACAAAGGAUACGGAGGCCAUGGUGGGCUCCUCCUUGUUUGGCAGUUGUUUUUGUCAAGGCAGCAAACACCAGUAGAAGACAGGCAAGAGUUGUUUCAUUGAAGCUUGAACCUUGAUCCCAUCUUCCAUCCCCAUCCUUUCCAUUCCAUCUAUCUAUGUAUGUAUUUUCAGAGUAUCUAUGUUUCUUCUUUCUUUUCUUUUCAUUUCAUUUCCUUUCAAUACUUUAAGUUGUCCCAGUUCUGUUCUCUAUUUAUAAACCUCCAAUUUUACUUUAAA